UGCUAUUCUUCCACCAGUACUGUCUGAGUCCAGUUGAUAUUGGGCUCUCAUCUUCAGUUGACCGUCCUCCAUUAUAUGAAUAUGAAGAAUUCGGUACGAGUGGUGCUAUAAUCCGACCUUUUAAAGAUCUUCAUGAAGGUCAUGAAAUAUUUGGAGUUCGCGGUGAUAAGCAAACUUUAGCCAAUCUCUUAACAGCUCUUGGUUUCAAUCGAAUUAAUAGCUCCCGAAACUGGACUAGAGAAGAUCUAGAUGAUAUUUUAAAUAUUGGUGAUAAAUUAUUUUGUAAAAUUUACAUGGCUUUGCCAGAAUGUCAAGCCCGGGAUUACAAACUUCAAUGGGAAGAUAUUGUACCAGUUAUUGGAAUAAAUAAGUUCACAUUUACUCGUGAGCCAGUAAUUGGAGUUCUUGAAAUCUUACCUGAAGUCAUGGGUGAGGAAGGGGAGAAUGAAAUGGGUACCCAAGAAGAUUACGAUAAUGAAGAAGGUUUUGAAGCACAAGAUGACGAGUUAUUUGUUCGACCUCAGGGUAGUAUUGCUGAAGCAGCUCCUCUUGCCAAUGAUCUCAAGGGAAUUCUUCAAUCUUGGGAUAUGAAGAAAAGUGAUCAUCAUGAAGCGGUGUUAGAAACAGAUUUUUACAGGAUUGCUAUUUGGAAAAGGGACAAUUUGUAUUUCGUCUUUGAUCCGAAGGCAUCUGGGGAUAAUGGAGAACUAACUGAAAGACGCAUAGAAAUGGGUAAAGAUCAGUUAGCUGGAGAUGACUUGUCUAUAAUGGCAGCUCAACAAAAGCAAACAGAAGAUAACCCUGAUGAUGAUGAAGAAACUCCAAGAAAACUACCAUCCGAACGCCCUCUGUAUUUGGAAAAACGUACUUACACUCAUUAUGACAAUCAGGGUUCUGCAUAUACAGCUUGGUUUUCGAAUUUCGAUGAGUUUUUCGAACAUAUAUCUUCGAAAACUCCUCAAGACUACAAAUAUGGACAAUUUACCCUUCACGAUUUGAUUUUGACCAGUCAAUCAGUUGCAACUGAUGAUUUUGAAUUCAAACUUAAACCUGGUUAUCAUGCUAUAACUCCUAACCAUUCUCUCAUUCGUGGUUCAAUAGCUCAAAAUAGUUCCUCAUUAACCAAUCGUAAUAAACAAGAAAUAAGUAAUUGUAUAGUUUCAAUAGCUUUUGCUAAAAUAACACCAUCAAGUAAAAUGACAACAACUUUGUUGGAUGUUCAACUUAAAUAUGGAGAUCGUCUAUACACUAAAAGCCUUGAAGCUCUUAAAAAAUCUGACAUGAUAAAAUUUAUGAAUAUUGACAAACUUUCAUUGGAAGAUAUUUUAUCAAUAUUUAAUAUUCAUAAAAUACGAUUUAAAUGGAAAAUUAAUUCAACAAUUAAUGGAAAUUUUAUGUUGAAUGAAUUGAAGAAGGCAACUGGAAAGUUGGGUAGCAUUGAAAAUGGUUCUGCAAUGAUUCUUAAUCAUAAAGGAUAUUUUAUGGCAUUUUGGAAAGGUGAUGGUGGUGGUUUUUAUUUGUAUGAUCCAUUUGAAACGAAUCCUAAUGGAGUACUGGUUGAGAAUGGCAGUGGUUUACCUUCGAUGUCGAAAUUUACUAAAUUGGAUAAUUUGUUACAUUAUUUGUUGUCGAAAUUUGUUUGUGUGGAAGGAUUGAAUACAUUUACUUUAUAUACGAUUGGCAUUGAAAGUACCCCCACUGAAACAAUAAAUACCCAUUCAACUCCAGUCGAACAAGAUCUCAUGACAUCAAGAUUAAUUUCACGCGUAACAAGAGAUCAAAAUUUAUUUCAACCUUAUCAAACGGAUAUGCGAAUUUUCAAAUCACCACUUCUUACUGACAAAAUUCCUCAAUAUGGUCUUGCUCUUGCCGCAUUGAUUCAUAGUCGAUUGCAAUUUGUUGAAAUAUGGAAUUCUAACAUUUCUCAGAGGAUAGCAUUUUUGUCAAGAUAUCUUCUUCAAAAAACCGAUUGUGAAAUUGAGCUUCUUCGGUCACCCGUAACAUUCGAUGAAAUUCGAAGCAAUUUUAUCAUCGAUAAUGAAUUUCUAUGCAAUAUUAUAUUCACCAAAAAUAUACAAGGUCCAGUUUUUAGUACAAAACGAACUGAAAUUGUUGGUGUGAAUUUAAAAAAUGCUUUGACAAUGUUUUUUAAAAAUUGUCAACAAGUUGUUGUCUUCUUUCCUGGGACUGGUAAUGCAUUUGCAAUAUGGAAAGAAAAAGGAGGAAUAUUUUAUUUAUUUGGAAUUGAUCGAGUUGAAAGGGAAAUUUUUGUAAUAACUUCAUCAAUUUUAUUAAACCUCUACGAUAUCGUUGUGAAAGGAAUUAAUCCAGAAGAAGAUUUAAAUAAUUGGUAUGAACUACGAAGUGUUACGGUGACAAUAGUACCAAUUAAGGAAGGCAUUUGUAAACCAUUGAAGAUAACAAACGACACUGUUGACGGUCCUUUAUCAACAAGAAGUGGUUAUUAUGUAUCAUCUCAAGCCAAAGAACCUUUUUAUUACGAUUAUAUUUCUGAAAAACCAGAAGGUUUAUUGAUAAGACCACAAGAAUCGGAAUUUUUUAAAGUUUCAAAAGGAAUUGAGAUUCUUUAUUCUGGUGAUAUUUUAAAAUCACACAGAUUCUAUGGAACUAAGGAUUUCUUUCCAAGCUUACAGGCAGCAUGUGUAGAAGCAAGUGCUUUAGCUAGGGUCAAAUCGCCAACCCUGUGGACAAAGAUGACUUUGAAGAAAAUACUCUUAGCUGGAGUUAAGAUUUACAUCCAUACUGUUGCAGGUAUAAAAAAUAGUAGUUUUUGUACUAGAUUUCUAAUUGUACUAGAUUUCUACUCAUAAAGUAGUCUACCACCUCCAA